AUGCCUCCAAAUAAGUUAACGUCUCGAAAAGUUAUUUCAGAUUCUGUUUACUUAAGGCCGUGGAUUAAACAAUUGAUUCAUGAAUGCUAUAAACAUAAAAACAAAAAGCUACAGAGACCUAUAUAUAAUGCAAUCCCAAGACUAAAUAAGAAAGAUAUAGAAAAUCCUGAAUCAAGUCGGUGUAUUUUAAGAAAUAAACGUCAUUUCAUGAGGAUUUCGAAAUUUUACAAAGUCGAAAACUACACCAUAUAUGCAACUAUUAAAAUUGCGAGACACAACUUCUUAGUUGAGUUUACAGCCAAUUGUGUAGCAGAGUUUGAACGAUUAUAUCGAAAAAGAUUCACAUCCGAGACAUUAAUGUGCUUGUUUGUUAUAGGGUCAUGUUCUGUCGAAUAUCGUACAUAUGAAGAGAUAGACAACAUAUAUCAUAUUAGAACGCUGAGGAAAAACAGUAAUAUAUAUAAAAAAAUUCCAAUUCUUGUCAUAGAUCAAGCAUUUAUUUUUGAUAGAACUCAGGUCAAUCAAACUGAACAUGUACCAUUUGCCUAUGAAUAUUUUUUGUAG